AUGGUCCACCCCACCACCACCUGCUGCAAGACCACCCAGGAUGGCUCCUGCGUCUGCGCCGCUCAGGCCAAGUGCUCCUGCGGCGAACAAAGCGCCCUCCACUGCAGCUGCAACAAGGCUUCCACCGAGAACCUGACCACCGGUCCCCGCUGCUCAUGCCGCUCUCGCCCAGCCGGUCAAUGCACCUGUGAACGCUCCGUCACCGAGAACCAGAGCAUCUCCGGUGCCGCCUGCCCCUGCGGCAGCCGUCCUGAGGCUUCUUGCACCUGCGAGAAGGCCGCUGGCAUCGACUCGGCCCUUGAGGUCGACUUCACUACCUCUGCUUAA